AUGAAUGCAAAAACUGUGCUCAUCCUCCUCGGUCUGGCCCUGGCCACGAUAUUCACCUUGGUCUGCGUAUUGCUGACCAAGGGAAGGGCCCCCAGCACCUGCCAGCACGUACCCCUGAAGCAGGAGGGCACUGAGGAUGGCCAGAGCCUGGUCUUUGCCGACCUGACCCCCCAGGAGCUGGAGCAAGUGGUGCAGUACCUGCAGGGAAACCUCGGGGUGCAGCUGGUUGACGCCUCACGCGCCAAACCGUCAGACAACUGCAUCGCGUCCGUGGAUCUACAGGUGCCCCCCAAGGCAGAGGUGCUGCGUUUCCUGGACGGUGGGGGGGCUCGGCCCCCACGAGAGGCGCUGGCUGUGCUGUACUUCGGGAACCAACCGGACCCCAACGUCACCGAGUACGUGGUGGGUCCUCUGCCAGCACCGGCGUACCACCGGGACGUCACGGUGCACAAGUACGGGGGGAAGGUGCCCUACCACCGCAGACCUGUUACUGGCAAGGAGUACAUGGAUAUCAAUGUCCUGGUCCAGCGGGAGCUGAGAAAGGCGCCACGCUUCCUCGCCGCAUGCUGUGAGUCCGAUGGGACCAACCUGGUCAUCCUCACCACAGCCCCACGGGGCUUCAAGUCUGGUGAUCGCAUGACCUGGUUUGUCCUUUUCCACAAUGUGGCUGGCACUGGUUACUACCUCACGGGGCAGCUGGAGCGGGAGUUUGCAGCUGACAUGCUGGAGGUCAUCAGGCUUAAGCAGCCUCAGGCUGACACAGUGCUGGGCUCAAUGAGGCCCCAGCAACCCCCCGGCUCCCCAGGCCCGCUGCACUUUGAGCCCCAGGGUCCCCGCUACAGUGUCAGGGGCAACCACAUCACUUUCCAGGGCUGGAGCAUCGCCUUCGGCAUGAACCCCAACUCCGGCCCUCGCCUCUUUGACAUCAGGUACCGUGGGGAGAGGAUUGUCUAUGAGCUGAGUCUCCAGGAAGCCUUAGCUCUGUACGGCUCCAACUGCCCUGGGGGCAUGUCCACGCGGUACAUGGAUGGGAGCUUUGGCAUUGGCAGGUUUGCCUACGAGCUGGUCCGGGGCCUCGACUGCCCCUACACAGCCACCUACGUGGACCAGCACUACCUGGCAGAGUCAGAGACUCCCAAAACCAACCAAAACUCACUCUGCAUUUUUGAGCAUGAUGCUGCUCUCCCUCUGCGACGCCACUUCUCUGACUCACAGUCCUUGUACUAUGGUGGGCUGCGGAAAAACACGCUGGUAAUCCGAACCAUCUCCACGCUCAUUAACUAUGACUACAUCUGGGACUUCAUGUUUCACAGCAAUGGGGCCGUGGAGGUCCGGGUGCAUGCCACUGGCUACAUCAGCUCCUCCUUCCUCCAUGGCCAAGGCACUGACUAUGGCAACAGGGUUGGGCCCCACACGCUGGGGACGAUGCACCUCCACCACAUGCACUACAAGGUGGACCUGGAUGUUGACGGGCAGCUGAAUUCCCUGGAGACCCAGGACAUGGAGUAUGAGCUUGUCAAAACCCCUUGGAGUAUGCAGAACACCAUUGAGCGGCCCUACCUCCGCAGGGAAAGGCUGGAGAGGGAGGACGAGGCAGCAUUCCCACUCAAUGGCCCCAUGCCCCGCUACCUCUCCUUCAUCAGCCCAAAUCCCAACAAGUGGGGGCACCCACGCAGCUACCGAAUCCAGAUCGUCAGCUUUGCCGGGGAGCACCUGCCCAUCAGCAGCCGCAUGGAGCGAUCAGUCAGCUGGGGCAGGUACCGGCUGGCUGUCACCCGGCGGAAGGAGGAGGAGCCCAGCAGCACCAGCAUCUACAACCAGAACGACCCCUGGACGCCCACAGUUGCCUUUGCUGACUUCAUCAACAAUGAGACCAUCUCUGAGGAGGACCUGGUUGCCUGGAUCUCCGUGGGGUUCCUGCAUGUCCCCCAUGCCGAAGACAUCCCCAACACGGUGACUGUGGGGAAUAGUGUUGGCUUUUUCCUGAGGCCCUACAACUACUUCAAUGAGGACCCCUCAGUGGAUUCACCCGACGGUGUCUACUUCAGCAGUGAGCAGGAUCCUGGGGCAUGUGAUGCCAACCCCCUGGCCUGCCUGUCCCCCACGGCUGCCUGUGCCCCUCACCUGCCCCCCUUCCACUUUGGGGGCUUCCUCAACCUCAGCCUGGCACUGCCACCUGGUGGGCUCUAA